AGGGGGCACCGCGGGCUCUGUAGGGAAUGCAUCGAUCCCAUCUCGGCGGUCGAUUACUCACGCCUAGGCCCCGCCCCGCCCCACGGCGGGCGCCUCUCCCCGCGGCGUUGCGGUGACGUCACUCCCGGCGUUGCGGUGACGUCACUGCCGCCGCUGCCUGGCGCGGGGCGCGCGCGGGACCGAGGGGGGCGAGCGGCGGCUCCGUGAGGCGGCUCCGUGAGGGCUCCGGCAUGUUUCAGACCUUGUACAGCUAUUUUUGGUGGGAACGGCUCUGGCUCCCGGCAAACCUCACCUGGGCUGACCUGGAGGACCGGGAUGGGCGAGUCUAUGCCAAAGCCUCUGACCUGUACAUCACCCUCCCCUUGGCCUUCCUCUUCCUCGUUGUCCGGCACCUCUUUGAGACGUACGUGGCCACCCCUCUGGCCGGGCUCCUGAACGUCAAGGAGAAGGUCCGGUUAAAAGCCACCCCCAACGCGGUGCUGGAGAAGUUUUACGCUGCCACCAGCAAACACCCCAAGCAGGCCGACGUGGAGAUGCUCUCCAAGAAGAGCGGCUGCACCGUGCGCCAGGUCGAGCGCUGGUUCCGCCGCCGCCGCAACCAGGACCGGCCCAGCCUGCUGAAGAAAUUCCGGGAGGCCAGUUGGAGAUUCACCUUUUACCUUAUUGCUUUCAUUGCUGGCAUGGCUGUCAUAGUGGAUAAACCUUGGUUCUACGACCUCCGGGAGGUGUGGAAGGGAUACCCCAUCCAGAGCAUACUGCCCUCCCAGUACUGGUACUACAUGAUCGAGCUCUCCUUCUACUGGUCCCUGCUCUUCAGCAUCGCCUCCGACGUCAAGCGCAAGGACUUCAAAGAGCAAAUCAUCCACCACGUCGCCACCAUCAUCCUCAUCAGCUUCUCCUGGUUCGCCAACUACGUCCGUGCCGGGACGCUCAUCAUGGCCCUGCACGACUCCUCGGAUUAUCUGCUGGAGUCUGCCAAGAUGUUCAACUACGCCGGGUGGAGGAACACCUGCAACAACAUCUUCAUCGUCUUCGCCGCCGUCUUCAUCAUCACCCGCCUGGUCAUCCUGCCCUUCUGGAUCAUGCACUGCACGAUGUUCUAUCCGCUGGAGCUCUACCCCGCCUUCUUUGGUUACUACUUCUUCAACUUCAUGAUGGUGGUGCUGCAGUCGCUGCACAUCUUCUGGGCCUACCUCAUCAUCCGCAUGGCCCAGAAGUUCAUAACUGGAAAGGUGGUGGAGGACGAGCGGAGCGACCGUGAGGAGACGGACAACUCUGAGGAGGAGGAGGAGGUGGCCAAGAACGGGCCCCUCUCCAACGGCCACCCUGUCCUCAACAACAACCACCGCAAAACCGACUGAGUGCCCCGGACCCGAGAGCUGCCACCGGCCCGGCCCCUCCGGCCGCUCCACACCGGGACCCCGGAGCGUCUGCCGGGCCCCACCCCUCGGGAGCGGGGCCGCAGCUCUGCCUCACACUCACCGCUGGUGCCCUUCCACCUCUCACCUGCUGCCUUAAUCCACCGCGGUUCCCCGGGACCGGCGGGGAGCCCACCGGGACGGCUCCAUCCCCCCGGGGCGGCUCCUUCCCGCCCCGCAGCCCCUGGGAUUGGCUCUGGCCCCUUGCCGGGCUCUGUGUUAUUCCUACUUUCCCAAGCAUUCCUUCACCGGGGGGAGGGGGAAAAGCCCCUUUCCCUGAGCUGGAAAAGCCGGCUCAGCCCCUGCUCCGCCGAACCGGGAGGGAGGAGCAGGGAAUUCCUGGGUGUUUCAGGAUGACGGGAUGACACUGUGGAAGUACUUGGGGGAAGGAGGCUGCGGGGCUGAGUCACUCCUUGUGCCUCACAGAGUUUAAUCCUCUCUCAUUUCUCUUCGGUAAAUGGAUUUUGAGUCUCUCCCUCUCCGUGGCCUCUCCCAGCUGUAACAGGACAAAUUUCCAACUUGAUUUUUCCUUUUUUUUUUUGUUUUUUUUCUCCUUUUCUUUCUAUUUAUUUGGAAGACAGAAGGAGCCGGGCUUGGCUCUGUCUCCUGCAUCCUUUGGGAUGCUGUGAGACCUCCCAGCACGGAGGGGUGGGGGGAAAAAGGACCAGUAACCAAUGUCAGACCAAAACGUGUUUUGUUAUUCUUGGUUUUUUUUGGUUGGGUUUUUUUUUUUUUUUUUUAAUAAAUAAAAGGUUAAAUAUAUUAAAAGUUUAAAAAACUAAUAAA